ACGAGGGCAAACGUUGCGUGACACUCUCUACAACUGUCAUUGACUUUAUUGGACAGUGAUUAGUGAUAUGGUAUUAUAGUGCCGUAUUAUAGUGACGCUCAUGAAGGACAGUUCAAGUGGAUGGAGAUGAACUUUGAUGUUGUGUGUUGAACGGUCACUGAUGUUGGAUGAAAUUAUGACAGAAGGUUCCGAAGAUGAAAUAGAGGUUUCAUCCCAGCAUUCCGAUACAAACACCCAAUCUAUGGAGACAACGAUGAUUCCUCCUCAAACAGAUAACGAUCCUCAAUACACCACCCCCGAUAGCACCGACAAUUAUUACUCGCUCAUAGAAAAUAUCCCUAAUUCCGAGGAAAUAUUCGAAAAGGCUUCAAAUGGAAAGGUGGACAUGUUCUACUUGAAGGAAGUUAUUUUGGAUUCGAAUUUCAUUUUAGCUACUGGAAUCCUGCCAGGACAAUUGGAAUUGAAGGAGAAUGGAGUCUUUGCUAAGACUAGGAUAACGAAAGGGACGAGAUUUGGACCUUUUCUUGGGAAAUGGGCUAGUAAUCCACAGGAUGUCAGGUUCGCUUGGGAGGUGGUGGCUGGUUCUGGAGUAAGAGGAUGGCUAGACGGAUCCCUGGAUCAUCGAAAUUGGCUGAAAUUGAUCAAAUGUGCACCAAACAAGAAUGCUGCAAACGUUAGGCAUUUUUUGCAAGGUGGACAGCUAUGGUACGAGGCUGUCAAGGAUAUCUCAGGUGGUACCGAACUGAUCCUGGGUCCAAGAGAGCCGUUAAAUCUACAGGAUAUGUUCGGUGAUUCCCCAUCAGCUGAUGAAACUGCGGACCGAGAAACGGCCUCUCAGCAUAGUGGAACGGUAGACGAAAGAGAGGUGGAUGAAGAGGAUGAGACUCAGAUUCGGUGUUAUGUGUGUGAUCAGCCUUAUUUCAAUGUUGACGAGCUAGACGAACACCUGAUACUGAAGCACAAUCAUCAGAAAGAUAAGUUUAAAUGCAACUAUUGCUGUAAAUCCUACUCAGAUCGGCCCUGUUUGAUCAAGCACAAAGCUGUUGAACACGGAGAGACUAAGAAGUAUCACUGUGAAAACUGCCCAAAGAUCUUUACUGAUCCCAGUAAUCUGCAAAGGCAUAUUAGGACCCAUCACGUAGGAGCUCGCUCACAUGCAUGUCCAGAGUGUGGAAAGACAUUCGGGACAUCUUCAGGACUAAAACAACAUACACAUAUCCAUUCUUCUAUUAAACCCUUCCAGUGUGAAGUCUGCUUCAAGUCAUACACUCAGUUCUCGAACCUGUGUCGCCAUAAGCGGAUGCAUGCCGACUGUCGCAUGCGCAUCAAGUGCGUCAAGUGCGGCCAGUGCUUCACCACCGUGACGUCCCUGUCGAAGCAUAAGCGUUUCUGCGACCACAGCACACCGGCUACGGCGUUGUCCACCUCCUUGCAGCCCCCAUUUACUGGCAUGGCCAGCAACAACCCCUACAUGUUUAGGCCUACAGCCGCUGGGGGACCCCUGCCAUUUCCCUUCUCGUUGCCAUACCCGCCACUAUUCCCGCACGGAAUUUCCAUACCGCCAUUUAUGUAUAACGGGAUGAAUGGGAUGCCUAAGAGAGGGCUGAAUCAGCUACCAGACGAGCACUCAUCAGCUGCGCUAUCAGUGCCUCUAUCAAAGAAACUACGAUUGCAUAGUCCAGAUCAGUAUGUCAAUUCGGAAGUAAAAUCUGAAAGAAUCACACCUACCAGAGAGAUGGUGAAAAUGGAAAGAGAAGUGAAAAUAGAGAAGGAGACUUCCAUUGCAAGACCGCAGAGAAAUUCCCCUUCGGUAAAAUCGGAAUGGUACCCUGCUGCCAUGGAAUUUUCUACAGUGAAAUCAGAAACUUUGACUCCACCUAGAGAAAAUGCCAUGGUAUCGAAGAUAAGUCCACCUAAAGCAUCAGAAGCUGAUGUAGUUCCUUCACCAGCAAGGCCAAACAACACACAUGUUUCGCAUCCGGGUAGUUCAUGUACCAACAUGUCAGAAGACGAAGAACAUUUUCCAACAGAUUUAUCGAAGACCUCCGAGAAAAGUUUGACGGUACCUUCAUCUCCUAGUAGCGAAGAUGGAGAACAGCCUCUCGAUUUGAGUGGAUGGAAGAGAGCUCAGCUGGUACCAGAGAUGAAGGAAAAUUCGAGGUCUGAGCUCAGUCUCGCAAAACAGUCCCCAGAUCUCCCGGCAUCUCCCCACUCAGCAAAAGACGCACCAAUCGAAGUUACCGACGCAGAAGAAGAGAAAGCUCUCCAAAUGGAGAAGCUUCCCAACCCCCCGAUGGCUUAUCCGAGACCCAUCCAUCCUAUGCUGGACCCCUGCAGGCCUAAGUACCCUCCCUACAUGUGCUACGAGUCUCAGCAAGAGAGUGACAGGCUCCUGCACUCAGCCUAUAAUCAUCUAAGGUUUCCCUUUCUGCUGCCUCAUCAAAGGUUCGACCUGCCCAGACCUGGGAUGCAAGAAAUGGGAGGAAUCAGGCCUUUUCACAAUGUCAUGCAGCAGCAGAGUCAAAGCAAGAAAGAUAGGUACGCUUGUAAGUUUUGCGGCAAGCUCUUUCCCAGAUCAGCCAACCUGACCAGGCAUCUGCGGACACAUACUGGCGAGCAACCGUACAAAUGCAGAUACUGCGAGAGGUCUUUCAGCAUAUCCAGCAACUUACAGAGGCACGUGAGGAACAUUCACAAUAAGGAAAAGCCGUUCAAGUGUCCACUUUGUGAGAGGUGUUUUGGACAGCAGACCAAUUUGGACAGGCAUUUGAAGAAACAUGAAGCUGACGAUGGAAAUGGAGGCGUUCCAGUAGCAGACUCUCCAGGAAGCAGCAACGAAAACGAAAGGGAAGACGUCUACUUCGAUGAAAUCCGCACCUUCAUGGGCAAAGUCACUUGCGGAGCAACCGACUAUUACACCCCCACCCGACUUCAUGCCUCUCCUACCAACAAUGAAAAUGACAUUGACGUGGUGGGCAAAGACGAAGAUGACGAAGAAUCUUUCACUGCGGAAACAAGUACGGAGGAUUUUGAUACAAAGUUGAAACAGGAGAAAGAUGGAUUGUUGAAUAAUAAUGAUCAUCCGAUUGAAGUGUCUACCUAGUAACGUAGUAGGUUUUUUGAGGUUUGGGGUAUAUAGAAACAGGGCGAUACUGAAGACUAUGACACAUUUCUGAUAACCUCUUAGAUCAGCUAUUCAUUUCAUGUUAAACGGACUCGAGAAAAUCCACUCACGUUGGUACAGUAUCAACAAUAUGGAGGAAGCCUGGUUCGAAAUUUCGUGAUUACCAGACGCUUCUAGAAAAAUGCGUCUCAACAUAUUUCGGCAAAGUCGUAUAUUUUUUUAUUUCUUACUCAAGUUACUCACAAUUUUACUGCUUCAGGACAUUUUUUGGUAACACCAUGAUAAUGAGAUAAAUCAGUUUGUCGUCAGUUUGUUAAUCUGUAGCACGUGAAUUUUUAAUUCAAGCAAUUUUCCUAAUUAUGACUUUAAUGAUAUGUGAAAGCAAUAAUUCUCUAGGUAGUAGUAACAUUUUGUGGUGGACUUAUUGGCGAAAAUUAGAAAAAUACAAGGACAUGACUGAAGUUCGAUGUCCUGUAUUUCUUGAUCGUCUUUAAGCGGAAGAAAAAUUUCGGAAGGGGCUAUACACUAAAGACGUUGGAUAAAUGAAAAAUAGAACAAUAUUAUAUAUCCAGUUCUUCAGCUAAAAUCACCUGUGGUGUCAUGGCCUGUGAGUUUUUAGAGAGUAAUAUAAUGGCCUUUGUUUCUAUAUACCGCAGGAGCAUCAUAUGGGCUGUACAUUCUUGAAAAAAUAUUGUAUAAUAUAUUUAUUAUGUGAUUUUAGGCUAAAGUCUACCUAGAUUUAAGAAUCUUGUUGUACAUAGAUUGUAGAAGGCAUACCACCUUAAGUCAUCGAUAUCUUAAUUAAGAAUUUUAAAAGUUCCUACACACGAAAUCUACAUAUUAAACUUUCGACAUAUCUUAUAACGCACUGUCAAAUUAAUGUAACUAGCACGUUCUAUAGAUUGCUUUUUAUUAACUGUCACGCUUUGUUAGACUUUAGGUAUCACACUCUUUACGUCUCAAAAUAUAUUUUAAAGUCACCAAUCUCUCAGUUGAAUGAGAUGAAUUGCAUGAAAUGGCACACCUCUGAGCUUCUUCCAGAAACCAUGUGAGCUCAAUGGCAAUAAUGGGGUUCAUGAGAUCAUUCCGAAGACUAUACUGUUUUGAAAUGUUAGCUUAGCCUAACACAAGCAAAUAGAUUACUACUCACAAUGAUUAAAAUGUUGGAAAUAUUUUUGAGUUGGUGACCAUCUCUCAAGUGUAAUACAAAAUUAAUAUAACCGAAAACACAUUUAAUUGAUCAAAAGCAUCUCGGUAAACAAACUCAAAAUGAAUUUAUAUAGUAAUUAGAACUUUUUUCACGCCAGUUUUCUUAACGCUGUGAAUACUAUCUUUACCAAAACCGGUUUCUGUGUAAAUAUUUGUAGAUAAGUUAAUAUUUGUUGAUUAAUUGUACUUAUCAAUGUUUUAGAUGAUAAAUGAAUGUGUUCAUGUAAGCAAUGUACGGUUUAUGCGGAAAAAAAUUGGAAAAAUGUAUAUAACGAUGUUUCGUAUAAUGUUGAUAUUGCUCGGUUAAAUACAAAAUGGUUCACGGAUAAAAACUCCUAAGAGGAUAAACACUGUUACGAGGAUCUCCAGAGAUAAUUUUUCAGCCCGUUUUUGUAUAAUAAAUGUUUAAGGUUCCAGUUUUUCUAAAGAUUUUUUAUCCAAACUCUUCUAAAAUGUAUAAUGCUAAAUAAUAAUUAUUUCUGAUUUUCUAUACAUUCUUUGGUAGGCUCCAAUAAUAUUUUGCUUCACGGUCAAACUAUGAAAAUAGACGUAUUUACCAAAAACUUUUAAUGUUGAGUGCAGUGCUUUUCGUGAAUCAUAGUGUGUUUCAAAUUAAAUCAUUCGACAUUCAAAAGUAUUAUUUAUUUUGAAAUAGUGAAAUUCGAACCAAAGGUUAAUAAUAUGUAUUUUUAUUUUUUGUAAUAAAUCUUAUCGCUAUAGCAAUGGACGUACUAGGGUAGAGUUUAAAAAUCAGUUUUUACUAUAUCACUAAUAAAUCAAUAAAUAGGUUAUUGACACUGACUGUACA